AAAACGGUUUGUACUGCGCCAUGUGUAAGGAAAGUCAGCGACCGGGUCAGCUAGCAAGCUGUACGACUACAGAAAAUGUAAUGUGAACGUCACCCAGGGUGAUUAAAGUGGCUUAGAAUGUGUGUAGGCAUAUUUUCACGUAACAGACUGCUGCCAUAAUGCGGUCCACACAAUCUGUGUUUUUGUAAAGCUAAAGGAAAAGUGAUGCAAAGACGUGUUUUUGUUAACCAUGUGGAGAAGACCGCUGGGUGCAAGCUACAGAUGUUUUGGCUGCAGGAGUGGUGGACCAAAGGGAAUUUGGAACUCCCACACGGUGCGUACCUGCAGUGCUCCAGCCUUCCCUGCAGGCAGAAUCACAGCCCUUCAGGCCGUGGACAUAUGGAAGAAGCACUUUGAGCAGAGAGGUGUGACAGAGCCUCAUCAGUCUAGUCAGUACAUCAUCGCUCAUCUGCUUGGAGCUAAAACUAUAGAGAGUCUUGAGCAAGAGAAGUUAACACAGUUUCUCUGCCGAGAGAAAAUAGAGCAGGUGUGGAAGCUCUGCACUAGACGUCUCUCUAGGAUGCCGGUGCAGUAUGUGAUUGAGGAGUGGGACUUCAGAGACCUGACGCUGAAGAUGAGGCCUCCUGUCUUCAUACCAAGACCUGAAACAGAGGAGUUGGUGGAACUUAUGGUCAACGACCUGCAGAUGAUGGCUGGGACUGGAGUGGGUGAAGACACUGAGCAGAGUUGCCUGGAAGUGGGUUGUGGGUCUGGUGCAAUUUCUCUAAGUCUAUUGAAGAGUCUACCUCAGCUUAAAGCCUUUGCCUUGGAUCAAAGCCAGGACGCAGUGGAUUUAACAAGAGAUAAUGCGUUAAGAUUGCAGCUUUGGGACAGAUUGCAGGUUUAUCAUAUGGAUAUAAUGAAAGAUGCAGAAACUGUGUUGAAGCUCUGCAGAUCUGUAUCAGUUUUGGUCAGUAACCCUCCAUACCUGUAUUCGGAGGAUAUGGCCUCACUGGAACCUGAAAUUUUUAGAUUUGAAGACCACGCUGCUUUAGAUGGAGGUGAAGACGGCCUAAAAGUGAUCAAACAGAUUUUGACUCUGGCUCCACACGUUCUGUCAAACGAAGGCCGCCUUUACUUGGAGGUGGACCCCAGGCACCCCCCGCUCAUUGGACGGUGGGUGGAGGUGAAUGUGGACGCGCUGCAGUACGUGGAGACCAGACACGACAUCAACGGCAGACCAAGAUUCUGCAUCCUGCAGAAAAUCAAACAAGGACCACAAGCUGGAUCUGCAUUAAGAAGCUGAGAUCCUAUUACACGGGCUUUAGCUCGGGCCGCCGCAGCCUCAGCUCCCCUACCCCCGCUGAGCACCCAAGUACACCCUCAUUUGAUCACACAAAGUUCACACGUUGCAUCAAAUGAUUUCCAUGCUGUCGCGCCUAGUCUGGUGACACUUGUGUUAUCACGUCCUGCGUUACAAUAAAAACGUGUGUGCGAUGGCACAAAAGCAGGCUCAGAUUUGAAGGUAAUUACUGCAGCUUUUCUUAGAACCCUCCCUCUCAGAAAAUCACCCUCCUCCCAGGAAGCGUUCAGUAGUUCUGUGAAUCCACUGAUGAACGGUCCUCCCUUUCGCUUGUCCACUCGCUGACUCAGAUGCAGGCAGUGCGCAUUGUUGAGCAAAAGCGCACACACACACAAUGUGGCCUUUACUUCCUCGCACAAUCUCCCUCACACACACUGAAAGGCUCAAAGGCCAUCAAGUCCUUGUGUUUCAAAGGUGAUUUAAGAAGAAAAUAUUACGUAACAAGUGUCACAAGAGCGGUCAUCAUGUGCUGAUGAUGAUGACAGUGUAUUACUCCUCUGAGUAAUAACGGACAUUUUGAGAAACAUAUAUGAGCAAGAAAACAAUAUAAAAAAAGAUGGCAAAUUAGAUUCCAGUUGGUUAUUUUAAUAGAAAACUGUACACAUGUAAAAGGUACAAAAAAUGCUUUAUUGAGAAAAAUAAAAUGGUGUAAAAUGGAA